GCCUUUUGCCGCCGCCGCCGUCGCACGGCCGCCUCAUCUUCUCACCUUCACCCCCACUCACUUGGCCUCCAUCCGCCUCCUCGCUGCUCUCUUCGCAGCCCACGCUUCCCCUCCGCCAUGCCGCUCUUCUCCUCGCUGCGCUCCAAGAAGUCGCGGCGUCCCAGCGUCGCGUCGCAGGCCUCGGGCAUGACGGCGCCCGCCGCCGGCGCCAACGAGCACGGCGCCCUCUCGACCAAGGGCUCGCGCUCCAGCAUUGCCGUCGCCUCGCAGCCCGCCAGCACCACGGCGUCGCCGCGUGCGCCUGCGCGCGACUCGGGCGUGCCGGCCGCGGCCGCGACUGCAAGCCCGGCGCUGGCGCAGCAGCAGCAGCACUCGACGCCGCCGCUGCCGCAGGGCGCGGCGGCCUCGACGCCCACUGCGGCACCGGCACAGCCCGCAGGCCCGCGCCCCAGCGAGCUCUUUGCCGGCAAGGGCGUGCAGUGGGACCACGUGCGGCUCGCCGGGCCCGCCGCGCGCCAGAGCCCGCAGCAGAGCCCCAGCCAGGGCGGCACGCAGGAGGACCUGCAGAGCUUCCUCAAGGCCCGCCGCCAAUGGGUGCCGACCUUCGUCACCGAGGAGGACUCGUCGCAGCAAAAGGCCGUGCCCUCGGAUCUCUCCAACCUGACCUUCUCCUCUGCCGACCCGUCGAUCGGCACGGGCCAGGGCCGUCUGAUGAGUCUGGCCGACCUGGACGCGAGCCACCAGCGCAAGCAGAAGCUGCUGGGCGAUGACGGCGCCGCGCUCGGCGGCAGCCUCUUCGACGAGCCCAGCACCAGCGCUCAGGGCGCUGCGCGCGCUCAGCAGCAGCAGGCUGCGUCCGCUGCUGCUGCUGCUGCGCCGGCGCAGCCCGCUGCGAAGCAGCCCAAGGUCAGCCGUGGCACCAGCUGGCGCCACCGCUCGGCGUCGCAGAAGUCGAAGAACAGCGAGCGCGGUGCGGCAGCCACGGGCGCGGCCACAGCAGCAACGGCGCGGCCUGGCGGCUCCAGCGUGGACGUGACGUCGCCGGCUGCUGACUCGCAGCAGCCGACCGACCACAACUCGGUCGUGGCGCAGGCGCUGGCGGCGCAGCAUGGCGGCACGAAGCUCGGCACUACAGCCACGACGACGAUCACGACGACCUCGGCGCCGCCGCCCACGCAUCCGCUCGCGGCCUCGGACUACGGCAAUGCCGGCAAGCCGCCUGCCAGUCCCGUGCGCAAGCCGGUGCCGAGCAGCGCCGCAGUCGAGCCCACUGCGGCGCCCGUGGCGCCUGCAGCGCAGAACGGCGCCGUGGCGGCGCCGCACGCCAACGGCGCUGCGGCGCCGGCGGCGAUGACGGCGAGCGAGAGUGCCGGGCUCGAGCCGCCCGUCACCACGACGGCCGCCAGCUCGGGCCUCUCGACGCCCGCCACGCACGAGGCGACGCUUGCGGCGGAAGUGGCGCCCGCGCCUGCGUUGCCGGUUGAGCAGACGCAGCCGGCACAGACGGCCUGAGGAGGCGGCGCACGGCCAAGGGGACGCGCGAUCUGGUCCGCGUGUGCACUCAGAUCUUCGCGCUGCUGCAUCUCGCAGCGUCCGACUAGGCACGAGACGGCCGAGACGGCCAGCCCACACUCUCUUUCCGCUGCCGCAACGGCCACCACUCUCUCUCUUGUGCCUCACCACACUUUGUCUUCCCGGCUGCCAGCUCAGGCCUCACUGCCAGGCCCGAGCGCACCACCACCACGCCACAUGUCCCUCUCUUUUUGAGCGCUUCCAUCCCCCUUCCUACCUACGUGCCUUCCGCCUUCUUCUCGUCCGAAAGAUGAUAUCCUUCUCAAAU